AUCCCGUUCAUGGCAACAGAACUCAGAUACGGCUCACAUUUUCCUCAGUACUCGAGGACCUACCUUUGAGAAAUUGUUCCACUGCAAUCCGGCCCAUCAAAUCCUUUCUUCCCAGCUGGAACAAACAAACGCACAGGUCAUUUUCUCUAUUCCACUAGAAACAAAAUUCCACCGCUGCUCAGCUCUCCUUCAUCUUGCCUUUGAUCGCCCAAACAGCAACACCCCAUCCAUUAUCAGAGAGCAUCUGCCUCUCCAUUAUUUCACAACCCCGCAACAAAACAAACACUCUUUCCCACACAGAAUCAAAUCACUACACGAGGGAGUCUCCCCAAGAAACCCAGCUUCAUCACGCACAAUCAUUUCAUGGCCAGCUGGACCCCAAUCAACAGUCCCAAGCCCAAGCCUGCCAAAAACAUGACCUCGACUCCAAAGUCGGCCAAGAAGGCACAGUCCCUCGCUGGAGGCUCGCCCGCUGUUGGUGGCGAGAAACUCACCGAUCGGGAGUUGCUGAUUCUCAGCAAGGCCUGGGGUUGCAUGAAGACUCAGCCAGAGAUCGACAUGCCCAAGCUCGCCUCGGAGCUCGGCAUGACCAACGUCGGCUCCGCCACCAACGCCUGGGGCCGCAUAAAGAAGAAGCUCUUCAGCGGCGUCAUGGACUCUCCCGGUGGUGUCGGAAGUGGUGGUGGUGGUGGCCGCAAGCGCGGCAGAGCCGCCGCUGCAGACGACGAUGACGACGACGACGACCGCGACGACGAACAGACCCCCACCAAGAAGUCCAAACCUGCCUCCCGUGCCGGCAGGAAGCCCGGCCGAAAGGCCAAGACCCCGGCUGCCGCCGCCGACGAGAAUGCCGAUGACAGCGAUGACGAGAACCCCAAGAAGGAGGCCAAGGCCGAGGAGGGGUACAUCAAGCCCGAGAAGAAGGACGACGACCACGAGGAGCAUGGUGCUGGCGGUGACGACGGCGAGGGGGACAUGGCGGGAACUGCUUGAUGUUCUCUUUUGGAAAAAUGGGCAAGGAAAUUCCGACGAGUUCUUUCUCAGUUCUGUCAUGUCCUUGACUUGCAUUAUCAUGUCUUUUGGCGUUGUGCACAAAAGUUGAUGAUAUGUCAUUGAGGCAAAGGUUAUCUUUGACCUGUUUUUCUUUCCUUUUCUUUUUUCUUCUCUACAUUGUUCUCUUUGGCCAACAUGGACUAUGGGAUGGAAGGAUAGAUGAGGGUUUCUGAGGCAUCUCAGAAGCUACCUCU